AUGGCACAGUUAGAUUGUCUCAGUCUGUUUAACGUCCAAGGCCGAGUGGCCGUCGUUACUGGCGGAAGUAGUGGAUUAGGGCUUAUGAUAUGCAAGGGGCUUGUAUCAAAUGGCGCCAAAGUCUACGUUGUCGCGCUACCUAGUGAUCCCAUUGACGAAGUAGUCAAAGAGCUCAACCAACUUGGUUCUGAGGCUGGUGGAGGCGCAUUUGGAUUCCCAUGCGACCUCUCCUCCAAAUCAUCCAUCCAAGCCCUAGCGCAAGAAAUCUCCAAACGAGAAACACACCUCGACAUGCUCGUUUCCAACGCCGGCAUUCGUCGUGACCCGCCCAUCCAAUGCAACGUCCUCACAGCCUCAGUGACCGAACUCCAAGAAUCAAUGUGGUCCAGCGACGAGGCAGACUGGGAGAAGACUUUCCGCGUAAACACGACUGCUCAUUAUUUCCUGAGUGUUGCAUUGUUGCCCCUUCUCGCUGCUGCGGCUACCGAGGGUCGAGACCAGGGACGUGGAGUGGUCGUGAUCACGAGUUCGUGUGCGAGUAUGCAUAAUGUUACCAAUAUAGAUCUCACGAGUUAUGCGGCUAGCAAAGCUGCAACGGAUCAUUUGGUAAAGCUGUUGGCUGCUAAGUAUCAUCGGUUUUAUGUGAGGGUGUGUGGGAUAAAUCCUGGAUUCGUUCCCAGUAAUAUGAAUCCAGUUGGUGCAGAGGGCAACAUUUUCAGCAAUUUAUUUGACAAAGUGCCUGCAAAAAGGGCUGCAAUUGCGGAAGAUAUUGCUGGUACGGUGCUGUAUCUCGUGAGCAAAGCUGGAGCUUACGUGGAUGGUAUAUCACUUUGUGUUGAUGGGGGAAGAAUACUUCUCGCUAAUGGGCAGGAAUCCAAAGUCACCAAAGAACAGCUCAAAGACAUCGCCCAAAACCUCAACAUAACAAUUGAAGAUGGCCCCGAUGCCGACGCCUAUCUCUUACUCCUCCAAUCCAUGGAAGCGAUAAUGCAACGCAUAGAAGAUGGCACAGAUUACAUGCACCCAGGGCUAUCACCCGUUCCAACCACAGAAACGCGGGACUAUUGGUUGCCACAGGAUAGGAAUGAAAUAAAUCCGUUGAAUGCAUGGAGGCAUCGAACUGAACUCGUCGCUUCUAAGCCGACUAGUUCUUUGCUGCAAGGUCGAACAAUCGCGAUCAAGGAUAACAUCUCUAUCGGGCAUCUGCCGACAACUCUCGGCACGUUUACGGAAAUUUUAUGCAAAGAUGGGAAAUUGCCUGUUUCACCUAUUGAUGCUUCAGUUGUGUCCAGAGUGCUGGAAGCCGGUGCCAUAAUCAAAGGAUCUUCAAAUUGUGAGAAUUUCUGCGCUUCACCUUUGUCAUAUAGUGCCGCUACGGGACCUGUGCAUUCCCCUUGGUUGCACGGGUAUACCUCUGGCGGUAGCAGUAGUGGCUCUGCUGCGCUGGUAUCUUCCAAUAUCGUGCAACGUCAAACAGGAAAAAGCUUCGGUACAACAGUCGAGCUAGCUAUUGGCGGUGAUCAGGCAGGUUCCGUACGUAUCCCGGCUUCGUUUACGGGGAUAUUCGGUCUGAAACCGACCCAUGGCUUGAUACCAUAUACCGGAGCAGUCGGGCUUGCCCCCAUGAUCGAUCAUUUAGGUCCUCUAGCGGAGAAGUUGGAAGACGUUGCGUUGCUCUUGCAGGUCAUGGCUGGCUACGACGGGAUCGAUCCAAGAAUGAGCCCUGAAUCACCGUUGAGGAGUCACGUACUCGAUUAUCCAGCUCUAUUAUCCCAAUUCCGGUCUCGAUCAGUCGCUGAGGGCGAAAAGCUCGGUUCGUCUUUUAAAGUGGGAUUGAUAACUGAGUCGUACGAUAUAGCUGGUCUCACUCCCCAAGUUCGGGAUAUAGUCCUGAAAUCCGCAAGGAAAUACUUCACCGAAGCUGGUGCCAGUGUCUCUGAAGUCUCUAUUCCCAUGCACCGUGAGGGUAUCGUUAUAUGGACCGCCGCCUCGCGCCCAUCAACAUCCGAAUGGGCCUGUCAAGGUAAACCAGGCGGAUUUCUCACCUUCCCAGCACCACAUAUCCACACACAAUGGCCGCCAACGCAAGAAAUGUACGACAUCCUAACAGCCACAAACCCGGCUUUGAUAAACAUCAUUUUCAAUGCGCCCUUCAUCACUGAACGGUUCGGCCCUAUGACUGAGGCGAAAGCGUAUAGAAAAGUGUAUGAGUUACGUGCUGCGUAUGAUCGUGCUUUUGAAGAAUUUGAUGUACUUGUUACACCCUGUGCGCCGAGUGUUUCGACGCCGCAUCCGAAGAUGACUGCAGAUGAUGAUGGGGCUGCUAGCUCUAUCAUGGAUAAGGUGAAUGUUGCGGUUGGUGUGACGACAAAUACGGCGCCAUUUAAUGUUACGGGUCAUCCGGCGAUGAAUGUGCCUUGUGGAUUUGGGGGUAUUGAGGGCAAGGCAGAUGUAAAGUUGCCGAUUGGGAUGCAGGUUGUGGGUAAGAGGUGGGACGAGAUGAGUAUAUUCAAGGCGGCGGCCAUUUUUGAAGAGGGUCGUCGUUUAGCUGGUGAUUUAUAA